AUGGCCGGCGAGCCAGAGGUGGAGCUCGUCUUGCCCGGCCAUCCCCUGCUCGAUCCGGUCGCCGACCUGGCCGCCGCCGCCGCUCCUAGCGCGCCCGUCCCUCCUGGUCCGACCGCGUCAGCCUCGCCGCCACCUGCGCAUGCAGUUCCGCCGCCCGGCGCUUGCAGUGCUGCCGCCCAGCGCCUGCAGUUCCGCCGCCCGGCCCUUGCAAGCGCCGCCGCCUCGCGCUCGCCUUCCGGCAAGCCCCGCCCCGUGCCCGCCUCAUAUCCCGCGGCUGAGUGCCGGGAUCUCGCUGGCAGGGGCGCGGGCGUGCGGGGGCUCGGCCUCGCCGCAGGGAGAAAGGGGCACGGGCACGCGGGGGCUUGGCCUCGCGGAGCGAGCAGGGGCGCGGGCACGCGAGGGUUCGGCCUCGCCAGAGCGGGCAGGGGCGGGUGGGUGGGGGAGGAGGCUCGGUCAAGCCGGAGCAUGCUGGGGUGCGGGGGUUCGGCCUCGCCGGAGCUAGCAGGGCCAGUCGCUGCUGUUGUUCCUCCACCGCUCCUGUUGGAAGGAAGGAGGAGAGGAGAUAAGAGAAGGAGAGAAGAGCUGACAGGUGGGACCCUCGUCCACAUCAGCUGGUCAAAGAUCGACUAG